AUGCCCCACCAGGGCCACCAGGGGCUGCACCACGGCAACGGGCACGGGCAUGAUAGUCACGAUGGCCACCACGGACGCCACGGUCACGACUAUGCCGAAGACUGCGACGAGGAAGCCAACGAGACCUCGGCUCUUCUCUGUGCCGAUGUUGACUUCUCCAAAAGCAGAACGGCAGCUCCUAUGGAGCAAGCUGCGGAGUACGACGAAGGACCGAUCGCAAGAAGUUGCGGAACAGGGAAGGAAGUUGACACCCAGGUCCCCGUGUAUCCUCUCGUGCACGAGAUCCGAAUCGAUAUUGUCGCCCACAUUGAGGGCAUCUGGUCUGGCAAGAUCAUCUACACGUCCGUCAACCCUCACGCCUUCAUUCGAGAUGAGCGACCGAUCCAGAUUUACAACCCGCACAAGGCACCGAUCCUGGACCACUACCGGUUGAAGGUGCCCCGCAUCCGCGCGAUACUGGAGUACGUUAACUUCGUGAUCCUGUUCGUGCUCUACAUUAUGACCAUCGAACACAUCGACACAAAUCACAUGAAUGGGUACGAGCUCGCGUUCAUCGUGUACGCGCUGGCGUUCUCACUGGACAAAGCGGCCGCGAUGCGCGAGCACGGGCUCAAGGUCUUCGCUUCCUCGCUUGUGAACGGCUUCGACAUAUUCUUCGUGAUCAUCUUCUGCGUCUACCUUGCUGCGCGUCUCAUCGGCUUUUGGACUCAUAAUGAGGGAGCCCUCGAAUUCGGUUCAGAUCUGAUCGCCGUCGGCGCAGUGUUCAUGUUCCCACGUCUAGUUUUCAUGACCCUCGCGAACAACCUCAUGAUCCUCAGCAUUCGGUCCAUGUUGACCGAGUUCUUCUCUUCUAUCCACCCGGUGCUCGGUCCGCUUCUCAUGGUCAGCUACGCCUUCCUGUCGAACACCCUGCUCCUGACUGUGGCCGUGGCGAUCCUCGGUAACACGUUUGCCAUCAUCAGCCAGGACGCCGCAGCCGAAUCCAUGUUCCGCAAGGCAGUCGCCACUAUUGAGGGGGUGAAGGGUGACGCUGUGUUCAGCUACCAGCUUCCUUUCAACAUCCUGGCCAUCGUCAUCCUUUAUCCGUUGAGCUUUAUCUUGAACGCCCGCUGGUUCCACAAGAUCAAUGUGCUCAUGAUUCGGGUAACGAACCUCCCUGUCCUGCUCCUGAUCGGUUUGUAUGACAGGCAGCGGUAUCAAGACUCGUCCUUAUGGGAGAACGUGUGCGACUAUGCCGACCACACGUGGGGAAAGAUCACGGCCGCUGCUGGAUUCGAUCAUAUUGCAGGCAACAGAAUGGACAUUGAAACUGUGUUCGAGGCCGAACGCGAGUAUGGCAGUUACUACGAUGGAUGGGAGGACGAGGAAGUGUUUGAAGAGGACGACACGCCGACGGGCGAGGACGUAACAGUACUGGCGGAAGCCGGUGCGGUGCAAGACUCCCCAAUGGCUGCUUCGCCCGAACAGACGAUGUUCCAUCGACAGAGUAGCGCCCCGCCGAAUAGUCCCCGAGAGCGGAGCCUUGACCGUGGGCAUAAGGUGUCCACGGGUCUCCAGGCAGCGAACGCGACUGCUAUGGCAAGCGCGGCUGCGCCGCUGGCGCGUGUUCGUCGCAGCAGUCUGUCUGUAUACGGACCCAGCCCGCUCGCGCAGUUGUUCGUCGGCGGCGACCAAGCAUCACACGCGACGCACAGGCAGCGCACGAUAAACGUGGGCUCUUUACCCGUAACAUCGUCGUUCCCGCAGGCCACGUCGACCUCGGUUUCACCACAUCGGCAUCGCAUGUCAUUUGCGGGCCUCGCGCGCUCGACCACACGCCCGAGUCUGUCGCCCAUGGAGGACACGAUCGAGGAGCGCCCGACACCGAGCGAGCCGGGCAUGUCUCGAUCCCUGAGUCCCAACAACCCAUUGCGCACCCGCACCGAAAGCGGAGGGCUGAAUCCUCCGCCCACGCAGCGUUUCCCGAGCUACGGCAGCUUGCAGGAGAGCAAGAAGAAGCCUCAAGUCACGUUCCAAUCGCCGUCGCCCGUCUUGCCGGCAAAGGACUCGGCUGGCGUCGACAAGCCUGCCCAGGACGCUGCACCCCCUGACGGUGCGGAGCUCGCUCAUCGUGCAGAGCUGGCCGCUGAGCGCGCCGGAGUGGCCGCCAAGGACUUCGCUCAGGACGGCGGAGAUAAGCAGGAACAACCAAAGGGAAUACUCGAAUCCAAGGAGCCUCAGAAGGAGGUGGACGACAAGAAGGACAAGCAGCCUCCCAAAGAGACAUGGCCAGAGGCGCUGAAGGUCGAGGGCGUCAAGUCUCCCAAGGACCGCAAGGAGCCGUUGCCGAAGGCAGAGAGCGGCGGCCGUCCCAUUCCGCAGUCGGCGAAGGGCACGCCCGGAACGUCAGCUCGUGGCACCCCAGGAACGGCGCCUGGUACCACCAAGGGUACACCGGCGGAGUCGGCGCGCUCGACGCCCGAGUCCUCUCAGCUCAUAGCUGUCGGCGGAGACGUGCCCGCACCACCUAAGCUCACCUUGCCAAAGGCGAAGCAAAUGCGCAAGCCGUCGCCUCAGUCUGGUGGCAAGUUGAACUCUCCGCAUAUCGCGCCCACCGGCGUUCCCGGAGGGAAGGCGCCGACAACGGCCAGCGAGCUGCUCGAGAAGCUGGAGAACAAGCAGGGCGACAAACAGUCCUCAAGCGACAGGACCAUGGAGCAGCUGCGCGCGAUUGAGGCGCGCCAGUCCAGAAUCGAGGACAUGCUGAUGCGCCUGCUGGACGGUGCUGGCGCCAGCUCUGGAGGUAUCGGCGGAGCUACUGCUGGUGCAUUCGAGCGCGGGGGCAGCGGCAGUGGGACUGGGCGUGAGAGAAGUAGUAGCGGCGCUGGUGGCAGGGGCGGCAGACCUGGCAUAACGCGAAGCGGCAGGAGUAGAGCUAGCAGCCGUGUCGAGGAGGAAGGGGAAGAGGAAUGCCGCCCGCUCCAGAUCCGCACACCGCGGCACGAGGAGCCGCACGACACGUUUGACGACUACAAGUAG